UAUGACAAUUUUGUAAUUUGGUUCUUUAAUAGGUUUAAAAGGUUGAGAAAAGAGACAGCACUCUCUGCUUCUGGUCACAAAAAGAAGAAAGAUCCGGAAGGAGAGAGGCCUGGCACGGCGGCGCGUGGCCAGGCGGUGGCGGAGCAAAGGCGGCACUAACAGAAAACAGAAAAGAGAGAGCACCGCUUCUGGUCAGAAAGAGAAGAAAGAUCUGGAAGGAGAGAGGCCCGGCACGGCAGCGCGCGACUAGGCUGUGGCGGAGCAAAGGCGGCAAUACCGAUUUCCGUCGAGUGCACGGUUAGGAUUAAGUAAACAAAAGACAAAGAAGCUUAUGGUAGCAUUGGUUAGGUCACAGAAGCGGUCGUCAUGGUCGUACAAGAAGAACAAAAGAGCAUACGGUGGUCCCACAUCAAGCAGACAAUGCCGGGUUCCGUCCGUUAUCCGGUCACCCGCUUUCAUCUUGGAUGGUGGAUGGACGGCUCUGUAGGAGAAGAGAGAAUUACAUAUCAACUGCAGCUAUGUGAAUACCACAAGAAUGAUGAUAGUUGGACCCAUUAUCACUUCUGCAAAUGGGUAGACGUUAGGAAAUCUAAAAGCAUCCUGCUUUGUAUUAUGUACAUGACUCUCUGGACGUUGUGGAAAGAACGAUAUGGUUUGGUUUUUAGAGGUUUGAAGAGACCGGCUGAUAGAGGGUGCGAAGACAUCAUCUCCUCCUUAUUCAAUUGUAUUAAUCACAGGUCUAAAAAUGUGGUCUGGGAUUUCUCUCCCUGUAUCCAGCUCGCUGGAGGCCUUUUAGCUUUUUUUAAUGCUAUGUCGUUAUCUAAAAAAGUCAGCAAAUGGGUAUGAAGUUGUGAUGAAUUGGUAUUAGGCUUGACGGUGUGGGCUUCGUCCCACCCCCGUCGUGCCCGGCGUCGUUCCGCCACCCAUUUCUCCCCUCCCCGUCGUCCCAAACGACCCAGGUAAGACGUUGAAGCCACUCCCACAAUUUUUCCAUCUGGGUAUCAAUAAUCUUUAACCAUGGAGAACAACAACAAUAAUCAAUCAAUCAUCUUUCUGGCAGUUCAGUGAUCAGCUUCGUGUUCAGACCAACAAUCUUUCUUUAAAUGACUCCAUCUGGAGCACCUCUUACGCCUCCAAACGCCCCGAAAAAGAUCGCCGGAACUUUGACCUCCGUGUUGGCGGUGACUUCAUCAACUCCGGCACCGUCCACACCAACAAUUCCGGCACCGAUUUUAAUGGGUUCAACUUUGACUGGAAGAUGGGGUCCACUAAAAGUGCUGAUUUUGGGAUAAAUGGUGGGUUUAAUAAAGGGGUUUAUUCAAACCCCAGUUUGAAUUUUGGUCCAUGAUGUGCACAAAAUGCAACAUAUAAAUUACAUCAAUUGUGGCAUAAAACUAACCCUUUUUAGUACUAAAGUUGGAAAAAGUAUGUUUUUGUCUUCCUUUUGUAUUUUCAGGAUUAAAUGAGCUCAAAUGAACAAAAGAAGCAAAAAAGGCAGCUAAAUCUAACACAAAUACAUGAAAGGAACAAACGUUGCACACCCGGCCUCCCUGACAGCAUCUUCCCAAGCAAAACAAGAGAACAGAAGGCUGAACACGCCCCGUGCUCAAUGAGCAUGGGGGCGUGCCCAAGUGUCAGCAGAAAAGACAAAGUUGUAGAAGUUUCUAU